AUGCCUGUUCUUACACCCCAAAGAAUGCUCAAGAUAGCAUCGAGUCAGACUCUCAGAAAUCAAUGGUAUCUAGUGGCUGCAGUUGUUAUGACAGUUUGUAACAAACCACACGAGAUCCCCACAAUAUAUCACUAUGCAAUGCAAAUGAACCAUCUUCAGCAAAAGCCCUCUUUGGAAUUGUAUCAAAAGGUGCAAAGUAUCGUUCAGAAGUUUGCAGAUAUUCGGGAUAGAGGCGUGAAUAAAGAGUAUUCUCCAUAUGUGAAUGGAGGAACAGACUCAGAUGAGUUUACCACCACUGAAAGAUUACGAGAAGGAAUUUUGAAGACAUCUGCUCUCUCCGGCUUGCCGAAAGCGAUCAAUUCGUUAAUGAUACUGAAGGAUACAACACCAUACAAUUUGAGAAGUCACACUUUGGGAAAAGAGUCAAACAGACAGCCAAUUAAGACGCUAGAAGACUAUAACAAGGCCCAGACCAGGGGCAGGGACUUCUGGGAUGCAGUAUACGGCAAGGUGAGCCACCGGAUCAUAUCGCAGAUGUCAUCCUCAUAUCCUGAUCUCUGGAAAUAUGCAAUAGAGGACGUAUACUCGAAUUUACUCUCGUAUUGCGGAAUCCUCAACCACAAAGAAACGUCUCUCAUCGUUAUUUCAUGCUUGAUACCGCAGGAUGUGAACCCACAGUUAAAGGGCCACUUGAAGGGGGCAUACUUUAAUGGGGUGGAUGUUAAAGUAAUCCGACAAGUGCGAGAAUUAGCCAUCCAAUUGAGUCAGUGGUGUGGGGUAAAGUGGUGCACGGAUGUCGCGACGAUAUAA